ACAUUGGAGGCUUAAUGGACAUGAUUGACGGCCUGGAUGGGCUGGCAGGAAUGGACGGCCUAGAUGGCAUCGAUGGGAUGGAGGGCAUUAAUGAUAUGGAUGGCCUCGAAGGGAUAGACGUCAUGAAUGGGAUGACUGGGAUGGGGGAUUUUGAAGGGGUAGCAAUGGGAGAUGAUCGUGACAUGCAGCAUGAUGGAGGGUUUGAGGCGCAUGCAAGCACGGAGGAAGCAGCAGCAGCAGCAGCAGCAGCAGCAGCAGCAGCAGCAGCAGCAGCAGCAGCAGCAGCAGCAGCAGCAGCAGCAGCAGCAGCAGCAGCAGCAGCAGCAGCAGCAGCAGCAGCAGCAGCAGCAGCAGCAGCAGCAGCAGCAGCAGCAGCAGCAGCAGCAGCAGCAGCAGCAGCAGCAGCAGCAGCAGCAGCAGCAGCAGCAGCAGCAGCAGCAGCAGCAGCAGCAGCAGCAGCAGCAGCAGCAGCAGCAGCAGAAGGGGAUGCUACUGAGGCGUCUCAAUUUAAUGAUGUGCCUCAGAAACAAGAGGAGGAGAACUACUUCUGCGAUGAAGUUGAGGGUUACUAUAGCGAGGAUGAGGAGGAUAUCUUCGAGGGGAAUGGGUAUGACAUGGCAGGGUAUGACGUGGCAGCGUGUAGGAGCAGUGGUACCCCUGGAAGUGGGGAAGGCAACAGGCAUGGGGGGGACCACAUGGUUGGUGCCGUGCCAGCCAUUUAGUUUGCAAGCCGGUUAGUUUGCAAGCCAUUUAGUUUGCAAGCCGGUUAGUUUGCAAGCCAUUUAGUUUGCAAGUCGGUUAGUUGCUGGCCGUCUGAGUAAGCUGAGGGCUUGGUAGGAAUAGAGAAAAUUAGGAAUAUAUAGAAACAGUGAAAGGGGACGAGCUCGUGCUAGAGUCAGGAAAACUAGAUCAUGUGUAGAGUCGUGCUAGGUGAGGGAUUGUGUAGCUGUGAAUUUAAAUAAUGUUUUGCUAUCAGG